AGAGGCCUAAAUGGUGGUGAUGAGAUGCAUCUGACAAAUCUAAGGUUCUCUUCAUCACCACUAUCAUGGCUACAUUCUCUGCAACAACAAACAAUAGCCCUCCAGUUGCUGCCACAAUACUCUUGCUUCUCUUUGGGCUACUAAUGGGUAGCCUAGACAUUACAGGUGCACAAACAGGGGUUUGCUAUGGAACACUAGGCAACAAUUUACCAUCUCCACAAGAAGUUGUGAAUCUUUACAAAUCAUCAAACAUUGGAAGAAUGAGGCUUUAUGCUCCAAACGAUGGAGCUCUCCAAGCCCUUAGAGAUUCCAACAUUGAACUCAUCUUGGGUGUUCCAAAUGAUCAACUUCAAGCCAUAGCAAGUAGUACUAAUACUGCAAAUGAUUGGGUGCAAAAGAACAUAAAACCCUACUUACCCAGUGUCAAAUUCAAGUACAUCGCCGUCGGUAACGAAGUACUUCCCAGCGACGGCGACGGCAAAGCUCAGUAUGUUCUCCCUGCAAUGCGAAAUAUCCAAAGUGUAAUUACAUCAGCUGGUCUACAAAAUCAAAUCAAAGUCUCAACAGCUACUUAUUCUGCAAUCCUUGGAAACACUUAUCCUCCAUCCCAUGGUGUCUUCAAAGACGAUGCCAAGUCGUUUAUAGACCCAAUUAUAAGCUUCCUUGCUAGCAAUGGUGCACCACUUCUUGCUAAUGUCUAUCCUUACAUCAGUUACAAAGAUGACCAACGAAACAUCCAGCUUUCCUAUGCCUUGUUUACUUCUCCAUCAGUUGUCGUUCAAGAUGAUGGAAAAGGUUACCAAAACCUUUUUGAUGCUUUGGUUGAUGCUUUAUACUCAGCUCUUGAGAAAGAUGGUGGUGGUUCUGUUGAGAUAGUUGUAUCAGAGAGUGGUUGGCCAACUGAAGGAGAUGUUGGGACUUCAGUGCAAAAUGCACAAACUUACAACUCCAAAUUGAUUCAACGUGUGAAGAAUGGUACUCCUAAAAGGCCUGGAAGACCUAUAGAGACUUAUAUCUUUGCCAUGUUUGAUGAGAACCAAAAGACUCCAGAACUGGAGAAACAUUGGGGUCUUUUCUCUCCCAACAAACAACCCAAAUAUCAAAUCAGCUUCUCUUAAGCUUUUGAUAAUGGGAAGCAGUAAGAGGGAGUCUUGCUUUCUUUCUAUGGUUUAAUUU